AUGUACGAACUGGUGCGGGUUGGCUGGCUUCGGCUUGUUGGCGAGAUCAUCCGUCUGGAAGGCGAUAGCGCGUAUAUUCAGGUGUACGAAGAGACGGCGGGAUUAUCCGUAGGAGACCCCGUUCUGAAGUCUGGCCAUCCCCUGUGCGUCAAACUCGGACCAGGCUUGCUGGACAAUAUCUUCGACGGUAUUCAGAGGCCUUUGGAACGCAUCGCCACGGAAUGCGCCUCCGUAUUUAUUGCAAAGGGCUGCGAUGCAACUCCCCUUGACCCCGUAAAGAAGUGGCACUUUGAUCCUGCAGCCUCCCUCCAAGUCGGAGAUCUUGUGACAGGGGAGUACACUGUUUCCGACCCUAUCGCGCAAGUGGAAUUUCAAGGCAAGGUUUACGACGUCGCUCUUUCUCACGACUGGCCCGUGCGUGAGCCCAGGCCUUGUCUGGAAAAGCUUGCGGGAAAUACGCCGCUGUUGACGGGGCAGCGUGUUCUAGACUGCCUCUUUCCGACUGUUCAGGGGGGAACCUGCGCCAUACCAGGGGCUUUCGGAUGCGGAAAGACUUGCAUUUCACAGGCGCUGUCCAAGUACAGCAACAGCGAGGUGAUUGUGUAUGUGGGCUGUGGGGAGCGCGGCAACGAGAUGGCGGAAGUGUUAGCUGACUUUCCAGAGCUUACGACCACUGUGGACGGCAAGGAAGAAGGCAUUAUGCAGCGCACGUGCCUUGUCGCAAACACGAGCAACAUGCCCGUGGCGGCGAGAGAAGCUUCUAUCUACACAGGCAUUACUCUUGCGGAGUACUUCCGUGACAUGGGCUACAAUGUGGCGAUGAUGGCGGAUUCAACUUCGCGCUGGGCAGAAGCGCUUCGCGAGAUCUCUGGGCGGCUAGCUGAAAUGCCAGCAGACUCAGGUUACCCCGCCUACUUGGGGGCUCGUUUGGCUAGCUUUUAUGAGCGUGCAAGCCGUGUGAAGUGUCUUGGCUCACCUGAUCGCGAAGGCUCCGUUACAAUUGUGGGCGCCGUCUCUCCGCCUGGUGGAGACUUCUCCGAUCCAGUCACUACUUCCACCAUGUCGAUCGUGCAAGUCUUUUGGGGGCUGGACAAGAAGCUAGCGCAGCGCAAGCAUUUCCCGUCUGUCAAUUGGACCACAUCGUUCUCCAAGUACCUCCGCUUCCUAGAGCCUUUCUUUGAUUCAUACGACUCGGAAUUCGUGGGGCUUCGCCAAAAGAUGAGCGACAUCCUCCAACAGGAGAACGAGCUUACAGACAUCGUGCAGCUCGUUGGCAAGGACUCUCUCUCGGAGGACCAGAAACUCAUUUUGGAAGUUGCCAAAAUCAUCAGAGAAGACUUUUUGCAACAAAAUGCUUUCUCAGAUUACGAUUACAUGUGUCCCUUGCACAAGACGGUUGGCAUGAUGAAGAUCAUAUGUCUCUUUCAUGACCAGUGUCUCCGCGUUAUGCAGGAAACAUCCGGCGGUGAGCACCGCAUUGGCUGGAGCACUAUUUACAACACCAUGCGUCCAACGAUAUCUAAAAUAACAAACAUGAAGUUUGAACACCCACUCAAGCCGGAAGCCGAGUUCAAGGCAUUCUUCAAAGCUCUGGAGGAAGAAAUUGUUACAACGCUUCGCAAUCUGGCAGAGAAAUAG